GACGAGGCAGCUCUCUCCUCUGAAUCCAUCCCCACAAGCCGAGACGGCACGACAGGCCUAACAAAAUCUCAUCUUUGGCCGCCUCCCUGAUUCUUCCUGCUGCUGUUCUUCUUCUCCCUUCCUUCGCUUUGUUGGAUCUCGUUUACCCAACCAAGAAGAGGUAAGGAGGAAGAAGAAGAAGAUGUCUAGCAAGGUGUACACCCUCGAGGAGGUCGCCAAGCACAACUCCAAGGACGACUGCUGGCUCGUCAUCGGCGGAAAGGUAUACAAUGUAUCAAGAUUCCUUGAGGACCAUCCAGGGGGUGACGAUGUCUUGCUAUCUUCGACUGGCAAGGAUGCAACCGAUGAUUUUGAAGAUGUCGGGCACAGCACCACGGCUCGCGCGAUGAUGGAUGAGUACUAUGUUGGCGACAUCGACGCAUCUACAAUACCUGCGAGGACGAAGUACGUUCCCCCAAAGCAACCGCACUACAACCAGGACAAGACCCCGGAGUUCAUCAUCAAGAUCCUCCAGUUCUUGGUUCCCCUGGCCAUCUUGGGCCUGGCUGUUGCAAUCAGGAUCUACACCAAGUCGGAGUCCGCUUAGUGUUGUUUUCGCUUAAUUGUGUUAUAAAAUUUGAAGGGUACUGAAUAAGUUACUAGCAAGAGUUGUGCGUGAUCCAUACCAAUGUAAACCUGUCAUGAAUUCGUCGAAUGUUCUGAAGCUGCUGUGGGUUUUGUGGUCCUGGGAUGUCCACUGUGGUAAGAUCGAUAGGAUUCAAACAAAUAUUGCUCAUUAAUCGUUAUAUAUCAUGUUGAUGACUCUGUUCGUUGUCAUUAUAACUGUUAGAAACC